ACAGAGGGAGAGCUCUAGUUAAGUCCCAUCCUCAGUCACUCUAUGCGCUGCAGCCAUCCAGAGCCUCUGUGCGCCCCAUCACCACACUCUGACAGACCGGCGCGCACCACAUGGACACUGUGAGCGCGCUCUGACCAACCACACUUUAGCAGGAUAUUUCCAAAGACACUUCAUAAACUCAGGUGAUUAUUUCCGCAUUCGCCCCUCCAGGAUGCUCGCGUUACAGUGGAAUAGUUGCUGUGUGAUGUUUUUUCUCGUCGCUUCGCUGAGGACGCACCAGGUGUCAGCGGCGCGACCCAAGGCAAACUCCAUCAAACCGGGACAGCUCGGGGAGACGGCCGCUCCUGCCACCAACCACUCCGCUUCUGCGCACGGGACCAUCCCAAAGAAACACAACAUUCUGGCACAGGUGUAUCCAUGCAGCAAUGACAAGGAGUGCACCCUGGGCAGCUACUGCCACAGCCCUCAGCAUUCACCCUCUCGCUGCCUCACCUGCCGCAGGAGGAAGAAGCGUUGCCAUAGAGACGCCAUGUGCUGCCCUGGCAACCGCUGCAGUAACUACAUCUGCGUGGCUAUUUCUGAGAGUGUCCUCUCACAUCACAUCUCACCAUUCGAUGAACACAAAGUGUCCAACAAAGAUCACAACUGGAGGAAGAACAGCAAAUCACACAGUAAACUCAAAGGUCAUGAGGGUGACCCCUGCCUGCGCUCGUCCGACUGUUCAGAUGGAUACUGCUGUGCACGGCACUUCUGGACCAAGAUCUGCAAACCGGUGCUGCGGCUGGGAGAGGUGUGCACCAAGCAGAGGAAGAAAGGCUCUCAUGGUCUGGAGAUCUUCCAGCGCUGUGAUUGCGCCAAAGGCCUCUCCUGUAAGGUGUGGAAAGAUGCCACCUCCUCGUCCAAGUCCCGCCUCCACAUGUGCCAGAAGAACUGAGGCACAGGCUCCGCUCUGGUGCCAGAGAACUCUUUACAAAAGGACGAAUCGUAGCUGCAAAAAACAAACUGACUAACAGAGACAGCUCACACGUGUGGGUCAAAGUGCUGAGAAAGAGGGAGAUGUUGAACUGUGUUGGCAGCCAGGGUGCGGCCUGCUCCUGAACACCCCAGGACACUUCUCACUGCUGGGCUGUGUCACUCACAAAUAUGCCUUCAGUUAUGUUCUAUACACUCUAGGACUUUCAGGGAAUCAUAACUUUAGAAAGUAGAAGCUGGGAACUGUAUAGGGUUUUCCUUUAGACGGGGAAACUUACAGCAUGCCAAAACAUGUAAAUAAUAAUUAUGAGAUGAUCCUGUGAACAAAAAGCCAUGUUAUUUAUGUAUGAUUGUGUAAAGAAUCCAACAGAGUCUGUCUUUCAUCAAGUGCAUUCAGACAGCCACCAGUGCUAUGCAGUGUCCAUGAGACAUCAGCCAGGACAUGGAG